UCCAUGUUUUCUAAUGUUUACGUGUAAGGUGAUGCUCUGGCCCUAGCUUAUAAUAUUUAAAAAGAUUUAAGUUAACUAUAUAUAUAUAGUUAUGUUGGUGGAAUGAGUUAGUGGUUUAUUUUUUCUGAACCUUGUUUCAUUUGUGAGAAAACGCCAUUAGAAGAGACACUGUAGACAGAGGAGAACUGAAUGAAGGUGUUGUAAAAUCAUUACUUUGUGAUUUAAUGUUUGAAAUUGAAGAUAAUGGACUUGAAACAUAAUCAUCGGAGAGCUGGUUCAGAAGUAAUUAUCCCAAGUAUGGCCUAUACUUGUAAGGAAUGUGGGUGUCAAUGUAAAACUUGUGCAUCUUCAAGUCUGGAUCUGCACCAACAGAUUGAAGAAUUACAGAGCCAUCUGGUGAGAAGUAAUAAUCAUAUAUCGCAAGUUGAACAUGAAUUAUUAGACAGUAAACAAAUAGCUGAUUGGGAACUACUUAAACUGACAGAUGAGUUUGCUAAACUACGAGACAGAUAUGACCGGUUAUUAGACAGUCAUAAGAGAAUGCAAAAAGUCAACAAUGAACUUGAAGAUAAACUACUACGAGUUGUUAAUAAAUUUGAAACUGAGAAAACUGAUUUACAACGUGAAUUAGCAUCUACUACCUCUAAACUAGUUGAUGCUAAAUUAACAAUCUGUGACUUAGAAGAUGAAAAUGAAAGAUAUAGAAAAGAUUGUAAUAUGGCUGUACAGUUAUUACAGUGUAAACCGUCUAAUUUUAUAGCUCAUAAAUUAGACUGUCUUCCCAUAGAUUUACAAGAUCGUGUUAAAAAGCAUUUAUCUAGUGAACAAAAAAUAAACAUGGAAAACUCUUCAGCAAAGGAGUCCAAAUUAAUACGUGUACCCAUAGCAACAUUCCCUCCAACAGCUAUGGUGUAUUCAGUGAAUAAUCUACAAACAAAAAGUGAUGUGGAAUUGGGUUUAGAAAGGGGGAAUAAUGGUGAAACUGUUCCUAUGACGUUAAUAGCCAAAGUUUUGACACAACCAGACCCCAAACACAAGCCCCAGAGGACUUAUAUUUGUUGGAAAUGUAAAAAAGAUGUUGUGAAUAUUGAUAAAGAAGUGCAAGUUAAUACAGUCAAAGACAGUGACAGUAAUAGUGCUUCAAGAUUUUGGAGACAGAAUGAUAAUAGACCUCGCUUAGAUUCCACAGAAACAGAAAUAUAGAAAGAAAUUGGUAAAAAUGAAAGUAAAUGUUAGUUUUAUGUUAUUGAGUGAAAUGUUGUUAGAUCUGAAUAUGUUGUAGGCUGUAUGAAUGAAUGCAUUAAUUAAUUUGUUUUAAGGUGAUGGUAAAGUGAUACCAUCUUGAUAUAACCCUAGAUUGGCCAAGAACAAAGCCCAGCUUAGGCAUGGGCCUGACGGGCCCAGGCCCCAUGCCCCGCAGUUCAUGGCAAAGAGAGAAAAAAAAUUAAAUUCCAGAUGAAAGUUUCACGGUAAUCGAUCUAGCAGCGCGAGGGUGGAGACUGAGCUAUCCCUCAACCUUCUCUGUGAAGUUCCACUCGGUGAUCGGUCUAGGCUUCUAGCGGCGCGAUGGGCAGAGACUGGGUGAGUCUGCAAUCCCUCAACUUUCUCUGUGAUUUCCGCACAUUGUAUGCCAUUCGGAACUGAAUAGAUUUCAUAUGUGAUCAGAUAUUACGUAAUUAUUCUUGUAUUACAGACCAUUUAAUUGUGUGUUACCCAACGCUUGCCAUUCAAAAGGAUUUGAAAUAAUCUUUUCGUCGCGUUAGGGGCCCCACGAUUCUAGUCAGGCCCAGGACCCCGCUGGGCUUUGGUCAAGAAAUGAUGAAAUCAAAAUUAUUGUUUAUAUAACGCACAGGUGUACGAUUUAAAAGGACGCUGGCUUUGAUGGAUUGUUUUAUGAGUGAUGUAUUUUAUUUUGGACUGUAAUAUCCUUGGACCAUUUUACUGUGUCAGAAAGGUUUACAUUUACAUUUGCAGGUACCAUUGCAAAAUAGUGGUACUUUAAAUUGUGAACUUUAAAUGGCCAUAACUUACAUUAUGAUUAAUGAUUUUAAUUAUUUUUGGACCAUCAAAAACUAUUUUUAUUUACACCCACAUUUUCAUUUGGACAUAUACUAAACAGCAAAAAAAAAAACCGAUUUCAAAAUCAGAGAGGCACUUUCAUCAAAUCAUUCUAGUAAACGACUUAAAAUGGAUCAAAGCAAUUUUUUGUGAACAGUAUGUUGACACAUUAGUGAUUAAUUCAUCACAAUUCCAAGACAUUACAAGGUUUAGAGUCUGUACAUAGUCUAUACAUCAGUAUCUGGUGUGUUAGCCGCGAAUGUCAACAGGUAUGGGGGUGCAAUUUAUAGGGCUGGUCCCGAUGUGCAGCAUGAGUUACAUGAAAAUCAUGGAGAACACAUUACCAUCUCAAAAGUCAGGUUGCAUUUUUGAGAACAUUUCCUGGGUUCAAUUCUAUGUUUGGGAAGGAGCCUUAUUUCUCAGGUAAAUUUGGAGAUGUGGUCACAAAUAUACAAUCAAAAUAUUUGGCAAGUUUUAUGCAAUGCGUCUAUUCAGUGUAACAUACCAACCUGACGUUUCUUUUGCUGCUUAGUAUAUAUUUUCAUCGCCCCCUGCCCAUUCUUCCACAUGUUCGUUCACUUUUUUUAUUGCACCACAAGACACAAUUUUUAUCCAAUUUUGAAGAAAUUUGAGAUCUUGGUUCCUUUUGAUAUUGGCAUGCCUUCCAGAGAGUAACUUCAUGGAUUAUUGCCCCUGAUUGUACGAAAAUAGUGUUUUUAGCUUGUGGACCAUCUAGAGUUCACAAUUUUUUUCAGAUUUUAAGGACACUUGAUUAUAUGUUUAUAUCCCAAAGAUCUCAUUUCCUUUUAAUGUAAGCACCUAUUCAACCGUAACGAACCACUGGGGUACACCGGAAGCCACCACAUAAGGGCUAGAAGUAAAGGUCUAGGAAAAAGAUACUAUUUCCUGAAAAAAUCUUGAUUUUGCCAAUUUUCAAACCUCAGUAAAAAAAACAAAAACACUGGAAUCACUUGUGUAGUUUUAUAAAUAUUAUUUUUGUCUUGUUCACAUUCUAAUUAACCAGGAAGCAACUUUUAUUUUCAUGUAUAACUUUUUUCCAUGAAAAUAAAAAAAAUGAUAAAAAGCCACAUUUUGUUUGAACGUUGAUAGACGGUAGCACACUCUAAAAAAAAUUUUUAUUCUUUUAUUUAUUUAUUUUUCCAUUUUUUUCUCAUCAAUUCCAACAUAAGUAACCCCUUAACUUUUAAAAAUUUUGCAAAAUAAGGUCCACCAGAUCUUGGUUCCUUUCGAUAUUGACACAAGUCAGACCGUAACAUCCUAGAUAAUGGCCCCUGAUUGUACGAAAUAUUGCUUUUUCUUUAGCUUGUUCUUUGUUCAUCUUCAGCAAAAUGUGGGUGUAUCUUGCAUGGCAACUGCUUAUUUUAUCGUCUAUCAUCUGAAAGUCUAUUUUUGUCUCAAACAUUGGGUCUUAAGUUUACAUUUGUCAAUUUUCUAACUGUUAAAGGCGUUCACAUGUACCUAUUUAUAAAGCUUAUUUAAAGACUUCUGUUUCAAAGUGUAAAUGGUUAACUAUUGUUUGAUUAUUCAAUCUAAAUGUUCCACAUCUUUAAGCUGGAAAUUUAAAAAAUUUGUGUCAUUAAAUCUGUGGUAUGAGUGAUAAAAAUACUUUAUAUAUUAUAUGUAUAAAGAUUUAUAAAAUAUAUAUAUAAAUUAAAUUGUAAAUAGAUCUGUUACUAGCAUAAUACUUAAUGUACUUCUAGUUAUACAAAAUAGACUAUAUUUCUAAAUAGAUAAAAUACCAUUUUUUGAUAAAUUAACUUACAUUUUAUAAUGUACUUUUUGAUUAGUCAUAAUAUUUUAGAAGCAAUACUGUUUUUUUUGCAAUCUAUGUACUGUUUUCAUGCAGAACUGUUAUUUUGGUGCCAUAUAGUGUGCAAUCUAAUAGCUUUACUAAGGUUAAUUUCACAAACUUGUUAUAUAUUUAUUUAAUUCUGAUUCAAUUCCUUGAUACUCUUUAAGUUAUUUUAUUUUCAGUAUUAAUUUUAAAGGUUGAGGGUGAUGUUCUCCAGCAGUGACUUAAGAAAAGCACAGUUCCUUAAAUAAUGAACACAAUUCAUUAAGGUCAGGCCCAUUUGCAAUAUAGAUGGUUUUCUAGACUUACGGUACAUCUUGAACUAUUAAGCCAUGCUGUUGACUGUACUUGGUUCUCCCAUAACUUUUCAGAUCUUAAUCUCAGUUGGAUAAAUUAACAUUAUCUACAUCAACAUGUAUAGUGUGGUUAUAGCCAAAAUUGUCCUGGUCACAACUGAAUCUUGCACUGUUGAAUGAAACAUUGUAUUUAUUAAAAUAGCUAACUUGUAUUCCAGUUUUUAUGGCUGUAACAAUAGUUAGUUACAGUUUAAUUUAAUGGUAACUUUUUUUAUUGUGUGAUAUGACUUAUGACUUUUUAGCAUAAUUAUGGUUGGUUUGAGAUUAAUAUUUAUUUUUGUAACUUACCGGUAUUUCAUAAUUAAAAUAACUGUCGACUUUCUGCAAUUAUUUUAAGUCAUUUUCAGAGUUUUUCACUGUCACAACUGGUACUAACUUUAUAAAACAUAAUCUGGUGUUCUUCUAGAAUUGCAUUAAUAUUUUGUGUAAGAGGAAAUACCUGGACUUUUAAUAUUAUAUCCAUGUUGAAAUUAGUUACAAUAAACUGUACAGUAAUAUGUAAUUCUGUUUGUGCAGUAAAUUUUGCAAUAUUAAUCAUUCUGUUAAAAGAUUCUAUUUUGAAUAUAAUGCUCUUAAUUUAUGUCAUGUUCUAGUCUCUGAUGCAGUGGGGUGUAGAGAGCGAGGCAAUAGCCCUAGGCAUCCAUUUCUUCAGGAGGGGUGGGGGCAUUCCAUCAAAGAAUAAAUUGAAAUAAAAAUUAAAUUUGAAAUUAUUCCUGUCAACAUAGUUGUACAUGCUGCCCUAUAUAAAAAGUUUAUUUCAUCUGUUUUUGCAAAAUUUAAAAUAUCUUGGAAGACAUAGUCAAGGGGUUGGCUCUAUGCCUCACCUUAGAUCUGCAUGCCACUGGUCAAAGCCAAAGUUGUUUUGUUUUAUGUUAUAAGUUAUGAUGAAUUGAUAUGAUUUAGUAAUAUUGACAGUACACUUUAGCUAUUAGUAAUAAUAACUGUAUAUUUUCAGUAGUAUUUGUAUGAAUUAUAAAGUAACAAUCAUUGUGUAUUUCCAGAUUUGUUUCAAUAUAGAAUACAUGUAUUCAGAUAAUGAAAAUGAAUAUCAAUUCUUAUUAUUGUUCCCAGUCUGUCUGUAUGUCACAUCUUUUGGAACCCAAUGUCUCUGUUUUCAAUUAAGGUAGAAUGUUUGUACUUGGUGUAAAAUGUUUAUUGAUUUUGUGUUUGAUGAUUAGAACUUUCUGCUUGGGUUAAGCAGUGUGAUAUGCAGUUUGAUUGGUUGAAACUUCGGAACGUGACAGCUCUGAUUCUAAUUAAGUGAGGGUGUCGAAAGUUGAUCUAUCGUUUUAUGAUGAGCAUUUUCCUCUUAGGCUAAGCUAUUUGCUUUGUCAAUUUUUGGACACACAUUAAUUUCGAUUCUAAUGGACUAAACGCAGUAAUUGCUAUUUCCCUUAUCUCAUGAUGGGUAGUGCCUAGAUCUGGCUGUUUCGUACCUAGUUCAUUCAUACACAAAUUAUGGUCAAUAAUCCCUACUCACUCAUAAAUUAUGUCAAUAAUCCCAAACUCACACAUCAGAAUGGUUCAGUAACAGUAUUUGUUUGUUUUUUUUCAAAUAUCAAAUAUAGUCAAUAUUCCCAACUUACUCAUCAACUGUAAAAUUUUAGCCAUGUCAUGUCUUACCACUCAAUCGCAAAAGUAAUCUAGGUGACGUAAUCACAUGCAUGUUCUAAUUCUAAUUCUAAUUCAAAUCAUUUAAUUAUGCGGUAAGGUUUCACCUUUAUUUCAGUUUAUUUCAACAACAUAUAUAGGAAAGGUAUGAACCAAUUUGAGGUACGAAUGAACUAGGUACGAAACAGCCAGGUUACGAAACAGUUCGCAUUCAUGAUGAUGAAAUAGACUUGAAGUACACUAGACGGUGUUGCAUAGUGGACCUUUAGAAUUUGUUAACCAGAUUUUCAUGUUUGCAGUCCAUACCACAUAAGUAGAUUUAUAGAUAUCUCAUUCAUCUUUAAAAAAUGUCGUAACUCUCAAGGUCAUUUACAUGGUCAAAAUAAAGCUCUUACUGCAGCCUAAAAAGUUUACAAAGUAGGUGUGUUAAUAUUUACAAUCUUUUUACAUAUCCCUUCUUAUCAAAUAAACCAACAAAAUUUAAUUUUCUCAGCUUUAAGAAUUUUUGCUUUGGACUUAUUAUUAUUUUUAUCAAUAACGAAAAUUUGUUACAUUCAUUCAAUUAAUGUCAAUUUGCUUUUAACAAUAAUGCCAGUAUCUGAAUAGUUACAAGAUUCGGGCAUGAUAUUUUAUUGGUCACCCCUAAAUUACUGAAUCCUUUGAGACAUUUAGAAAAAAAAAAAAUUUUUGGCAUUAAUUUAUAGAUAAUAUUAAUUUAUAGACCAUUCAUCUUGUAAUUAGUUAAAAUACCCCGAAGUCCUUCCUUUUCUGCAUUUUUUGGGGAAAAAAAUAUUUUGCCUUUUUUUAGUCGCCAAAAUGAAGUGCCCAAAAUAAAGUCCUCCUCCUCACCACCCCUGCCCAUAUAUUAUUUCUUAAAACAUGAAGAUCACCUUUUUCAUUUCUGAAUACUGUUCCCAUACUAUGGCAUAGGCUGCCAGUCUAUUCUUUUGUUUGUGAUGCCAAUGUCAGAAACCAGACGUCUCAGGUUUCGGCCUAUAUCUGCUAUAAUAGAUUUUUCGGGCAUCGAUCAUUAUUUGUUUCAUCAACUUUUCAGAAACUGUUAUUUUUUUAAUUGACUAAUGAAUUUUAAAAUGAAUGUAAAAAAAAACGAUGUGUAGUGCCACUCUUAAGAGUAGUCACUCUGCUUUAUGUCCGCAACAAUUUUUUGUUUGUGUGCACAAAUAGACGGACAGUAACAACACGAUGACGUCUCUUAACAUUAAUAUUGUCGUCCGUUUUUAUAACUUCAAAAGCCUGAUUUUGCUCUCGAAUAAAUACCAGGGUCAUUUUUCAUUUUCACCUGAAAAACACGCGUGGUUGUGUCUUGGUGCAGUCUGGAUCACCCCAGUCCCUAGGCAAAUUUCGCAUAACGGAUAGGUUAAUGAAGGGACUGGGUGAUACCAAUAUAGACGUCAUUCGGUGAUACCAUAGAGGUGUAUUAUAUUCUCAAUAUAAACCUCCAUGGGUGAUACAGACCGUUACUAACAAAAACAAUAGGGAAUUCCUUUGACCUCAUUUCGCGUUACUUCCGGUCCGACGAAGUUGAUAAUCACCACGCGAGAGCUUUCAGGUUUGAUUUGUAAUUAAUAACAAUGUAAAUGACCAAUUUAAUUACAUUGGAAGAUGUAUAAAAAGAUCAAAUAAUGUCUCGUUGGCAAUAAAAAACGAUGGGAAGUGGUAGAACAAGUGAGUAUUGUCAGAUGAUAGCAGACGAAAUGUCGUCAACUAGCAAGAAAAUAUAGCGGGUGAUAUACUUGAUAAUACUGUAAUAUACAUUGAUAAUACUGUAAUAUAUAUAUAGUCAAACAGUAGUAAGAAGUUUUAUUUUAAUCACCUCAAUUUCCUGUGACGUCAAACGGUGACGUCAUAUUCUUAUGCGCAAUAAAUACCUCGGUGUAGACUAGAAUAACCAGACGCUAGAGAUUGCGAUUCGAUUGAGACUUCUGGCGUAUC